AUGUCCCUUUUUGGAGGGAAUGAUGUGCAUGUGCAGGAGGACGAGAGCGAGUUCGACGACGAAUUCGAUCAGCAAAGAAUAGACGAAGCCGUGGCUAAUCAGCUUCCAGAUCUGAGCUCAGAUGAUGAAGACUUCGAGCCGUCUCAGUAUCACCGAGGAAUGCGAGGCGGCAACGGCGCUAGAAACGAAACGCAUAAUCUGACGAGUAGUUUUGGCGAGAGCGCAGAAGCGUCACCAGUUGCGUAUCACUCGCGUAUUCCAAGACCAGUGCCGAGUCCGCAACGCGACCAAAGCUUUCAAAACGAGAGGCAGCCGGCAGGCAACGGAGAGCUGGCCGAGUUGAGACAACUGUACUCCGCAGCGCAGAGAAGAAUUCAAGAUUUAGAUCAUCAACUUACAUUCACAAAACAAGAGCUUGAGGAGAUCAACAAGUUAAAAAUCCACGAUCAAGACAUGGCGACGAUGCAACUUCGUGAGAAAGACGAGCAUUUACUUGCGUUGCGAUCGCAGUUGGACUCCUCUGAGCGCGCGAGCUACGAAUUUUCAAAGAAGUGCGACGCGCGAGAAAUCGAGCUCAAUCAGCUACGGCAGCAAAAUGAGGAGAUGCAGAAGCGAAUAGUUACACAAGAAGCGCAGUUGCAAUCGCUAGAGAACGAGCUCAGAAUAGCUCAUUCUGAUGACGCGCUUUCAAAGGCAAAAUACAAUCAUGAACGAAUUGUGGACGAAAUGCGUCGCCAACAGCAAGAACUUGUUGACGAGAUGGCUGAUGAGAUCAAGCAACUUAAAGAUAGCUUGUCAAAAGAAGAGGGAGCUAGAAAAGGUGCAGAAGCUCACGCAGAAGAGGUGGAAAAGAACCGGAAACGAGAUAUGGUCGAAAAUGGGGAAACUAUCAACAGACUCAACACUCUCCUUCGACAAGCGCAGCACCAUCAACAAACCAUGCCUGCUACUGUCCCUAUUGAUACAGUCGCAAAGAAGAUCGACUUUGAAGAGUCCGAAUUCACCUUUGAUGGAGCCUGCACACCUCUUGACAUGCGCAAAACAAUGGAAUUGAAUUUGACGAAAAAUCAAAACAGCGACUUGCAGAAACGUUUCGACUUGUUAGAGAACAAACUGGCAGACACAAAACUACAACUUCAAGAUUCCAAAAGCGAUCUUGAACUAGCGGUAAAGGAGAAACGACUUCUCGAGGAUCAACUCUUGAAAGCUAGGGAAGAGUUGGCCAAAAUUGACGCUGAUACUCAAAAGCUGAAAAUAUCGUUUGAAAGCGAGAAAGAAGAAGCCGUUACAAAACUCGAAGAGAGUUUAAAGACUCAUUACCAACAAUCCCUGUCUCUUCAAGUCGACAACUUGACUAAAGAAUUCAACAAAGCAAAAGACUUGGAAGUGAAUGGAUUGAAAGAGCAACUGUCCGAGCGCUUGGCGGAAAUCAAAGAUUUGCACAAAAAGCUCGACGAAAUAAAGAACGAUUACGUUGAACUCUCGAGACAGCAAACAACUUUUCAAAGCGAAAAUCUGUCAACUUCCAAUUCAGAGCUUCGGGCGAAAUUAGAAAAGACAGAGAGGGCGCUGAAAAAUGUAGAGCUCGAGAAUUCCGCAUUGCUAAAGCGUGUUCAAGGUGUUGAUCAGUCUCAAGCUGUUCUUUCAGUUACUGAUGAAGAGCUGAAGAAGCGUUAUUCUCGGGAAAAAGAGCAGUGGAACAAAGAAAAGCGCCGCUUGGAAAGCAAACUUCGGCAUGUUUCGAUGCAUUCAUCGCGAAGCAGCAGCCCGACUCCAUCGACUCGAUCGCUGAGUACAACGCAAACCUCGACGCCGCGCGGCGUCUCUCACGAAGAAUUCACAAAGUUACAGUCACAGUUCAAUUCAGUCAAGCUCAAAUACACGGAAACACUCACAAAAGUCAAAGGAGAAUGCAACGAAGCAAUCAAAAAGAUAAAGGAGAAACAUAACGAUCGACUCAAGCGAGAAGUCAUGGCCGAGCAGAAACGAACAUCGGAUAAGCUCCGCGAGUACUACAAAAAUAUUCUCGGCAAAAUUCUCGCUGAAAAAUCUGAGCGUAUCGAGCACUUACUCUAA